GGCAGAGGGGCUGGGUGGCAAACACCCUGCCAUGGAGGGGAUAAGUGGGUGGAAUUGAAGGGAGAGGGGUUUGGGGGCAUGAGGAGCAGAGAAACAAAUAGUGGGUGGAAGUAAAAAUGGGCUUAUCAGAGAACCCUCAAAUGGUUUGGGUUGGAGGGACCUUAAAGCUCAUCUCGUCCCACCCCCGUGCCAUGUGCAGGGACACCUUCCACUGGAGCAGCUGCUGGGGAAGGGCACGAGGGGGGGUGUGGGGUGCUGGGGAGUCUGGGAAAAACUGCGGGGAUGAAGGUGGCUGGGGUAGGGGAGGAAGAUGAGCUGCGAGGAAGGGGAAGCUGGGGGAGGACAAAUGUUUGUAACAGAGGCUGGGGUGAAGGUGAAAAGCAGGUGAAAAGGGGGAGGGUUGUGCAUCUUCUUCAGAGGGGUGUGUGGAGUGGGGACACCAGGUUUCCUGGGUCCCUCAUGUUCCCUGCAGGGUCUGUGUGGGGCUGUAGGAGCCGACAGACCCUGGAGGCACGAAGAGAAGGUCCUGUCCCAGGGAUGGGGGCAGGGAGGGACUGUGGGGGUGGGCCCUGGCCCCCAGCAGAUGCUGGGCUCAGCAGCAGCUGCCUGCGAGCAAGCUGGGAGAGCAGGAAAUAACAACCAAACCACAGAGAGACGGGAAAUGAUUCUGAUAGAACAGGGCUGAGCCUCAGCUGAGGCUGUGAAACUUUUGCAACCAGGGCUGUGCCAGCCCCAGGGCUGUGAGGGGCACACACCGAGUGCCCAGGACCUGGGGAAAUGAUCUUUCAACUCUGAAAGCAGCCAUGAAUUUUAGGUGCUUUGCUGGAUGUAACUCAAGCCUGCUGUCAGCUGCUGGGGGUUUGGCAGCCAAAGAGCCCCCUACAACUCAGGACAUGUUUGCAAAUGUCCCUGGGAGGUGGGCAUUGAGGAGAUGCCCCUGCCCCAAGCCCUCCACCCCGACAUGUCUCUCCUUGGGGCUUUCUCAGUGUCUAGCCCCGUCCUUGGGUAGCAGGCAGGUUUUUGGGGUGGCAAUAUGAGGCCAAGGGGGUUCAGUAGGACAGGAAAGCAGCCCCAGGCCGAGGCAGGCACUGGUUUUCCAGCCUCCAGCUCAUCCCCAUCAUUGCAGAGCCACCCCUUCACCCUCCUUCUCACUGCUCUGCUCCUCCCUUGGCAGCAUCACUCAGCCCCACAGCUCUGUCCUCUGUAUUCAAACCAGGGCUCAUCUUUCACGGGUGUUUUGAAGGUGAAGUGUGGCGGGGAAAACCCCCUGAGGAGCUGUCAGUGCCUUUUUAGUUCUUUUUUACCAAAAGGGGUGAUUUGCAAUGCUGGUGUUUUUUUCCUGUGCUGGUCCCAGCCCUGUCAGCCUCAUCCUCCCAGGCACUCAGCACAUCACACGGGGCUCAGCCUAAAGGCACCGUGGGCUCCUCGAGAAGACAAAAUCCCCAUCACUUGCUCUGCUGAGCUGUGAUCAGCGAGACUUUUCUGGGCUAAAAUUAGACUAAAAUCACAGUCUUUCCUCCAGCAACCCCAGUCCUUGAGUGGCUGCAUUAGUGAAACGUGGGGUGCUGGUUUUGCUGCCUUGGCUUGGGGCCAGCCUUGCUGCCAGUGCCGAGGCCAUUGCCUGGCAGGUGCUUCCACUCAUGGGUUUGGAGUAGAAGCCAUCCCAUCACCUUCCAGGUGUUGCAAGAGGUCUGUCUUCGACACUUCUGCGGGGAGCAUCGACCCCACAGCCUUCAAGCUGAGGAUUGAACAGAGGGGCAAGGGAAAGGAGCCAUGUUCCAGGCCACGGGAGCCGCCAGCCCAGCCCCAGCUCAUGAGGCCAAAAGCAGCUCAGGAGGCAGCACAGUGCAGCGCUCCAAGUCCUUCAGCCUGAAGGCGCAGGUGAAGGAGAUGUGCACUGCCUGCCAGAAAACCGUGUACCCCAUGGAGCGCCUGGUGGCCGAUAAAUUCGUCUUCCACAACUCCUGCUUCUGCUGCAAGCACUGCCACACCAAGCUCAGCCUGGGCAGCUACGCCGCGCUCCACGGGGAGUUCUACUGCAAGCCCCACUUCCAGCAGCUCUUCAAGAGUAAAGGCAACUACGACGAAGGCUUCGGGCGCAGGCAGCACAAGGAGCUGUGGGUGCACAAGGAGGUGGAGAGCGGCACCAAGUCGGCGUGAGCGGGGCCAGCCCCGCCCCCGGAGCCCCGCAGAGCCGGAGGAGCUGAGCCGGGCCAACUGAGCUGAUGUAGAGCAGGACCUGGGGCAGGGGAGAGGGGGAGCCCCCCUUUGGAGGGUGCUCAGAGGGGUCCUGCAGGCCGUAAGGACAGGGCACAGGUGACCAGCGUGCAGCCCCCAGACCUGAAGCCCUCUCUCUGCAGGCCCCUCUCCCCAGUGAGAUCAGAGCAGAAGCAAUGCCCCCCCCCAUGGGACCCCCAGCCCUGUUGAUCCAUUUCAGGCCUGUCACCAUGGAAAAGGGAUGAGCUGGGGGCUUAUCCAGCUUGUGAGCCACUGCAGCGCUCCCAGCUCCGCCGCACCAGCCCUGCAUUGCUGGGGCUCCGGAUGAGGAGGGUCCCUGGUUUACAUCAGCUCAGUUCUGCUGGGAUGGUUCAGCCUUAAGGAUGUUGCCCUGCCACGGUUUCAGUGUGUGUUUUUUAUAUUUGCCUUCCACUGGUACGUUCUGCGCUGGAGCCUCGCGGCAGCUUCACCUGCGCGCCUUUAUUUUUGUAAUACAAGGUUUCCCAGCCUUC